AUGCCUCGUCUCGUGCGCCGACGCCCGCUCCUAGAGCGCAUUCAAGCCUACUUGAACCCGUGGGACUUUUUACUCUGGGUUUCCGAAGAGAUUGAUGGAAAUGACUGGGACCAAAUGGAGAAGGACUGGGGUCUGCCCAUUGGUGUUACUCUCAAUCUGAUAUUUCUUAUCACACGCGCAAACAGUCGAUCGAGUGGUGGCAAAGCUUUUGACGAUGUGUUUGGGGAAGACGAAGGCGUGCCUUGGCUUAGCUGGCUGGCGACGACUGUGACAUUUCUGCUUCUUGGCCUCUCUUUCGCAAAUGCCCUGUGGGCCUUCGCUCGCAAGAAGCGUUAUCGCAUGUUCGAAACGCCCAUCGACCAAGUCCCCGCAACUCCCUCUGCCCACCGCGUGCGAGUCGAAUCAAGCCCGAUGGGCGCGUCCCCUCUUCGAUACCUUGCGAAUGCCUUAGCCGGAGAAUCCGCCCAGUCUCGCGCCCACCCAGAUGCCGAACGGGAUGUAUGGGAGAUUGCUCUAUGGGAUCCCCACUCCAUCAGUGUUCGACUUUUGUGCUUGUUCAGCCCCGGGCACGUUUUGAUCUACUGGGUUUUCCUGCCAACACAUCUAUCCGAUCCCCGCCCGAGCAUCACAAUCGUCACAACGAUCUUCCUCACAUUUAUUCUCUCAGUACAGAUGUCUUGGAUGUCCUCGUCCUACACACAGCAAGCGAAGGACUCUAUGCUUGUGCAUAAGGAGGUCAUGAAGGAAUAUGAUACCAAAUUCGUCCACCCCAGGACUCGGCCAUUGAUGAGAGACGUGGGCACUCAAUUUUCGGACACUGUCCCUAAUAAGUCAGGCUCUGAUGCUGAUAACAAAGUCGAAGUCCAUACACCAACUUUCAUCAUCAACCGCGGCUUCAAAACGAGCCCAAAUCCCAACUAUGUCAGCCAUGUUGACCCAGAAGGAUUCACUCCUCGUCGUCCUACCGCGACUCCUAACUCAACCUCAUUAUUCCAACAUCAACCCUCCCUCCGUACCCCCACAGUGUCAGGCGACGGCUCGCCGUUGGUGCGUACCGCAGGAAAUUCCAUGCGGCAACCACAAUUUCGACAAACCUCGACCGGUACAGGUGACGGAGGUAGCCUUGGAGUUUAUUCGCAUGCCAACUCCCCAUUGAGGAAGUCAGCAUCAACGGCGUUCGAGCGCCGAGUUCAAAGCAGCGGUGAUUUCGUCUAUACGCCGCGCGGGACAAGUCCCGUAAAGAAGCAAUCAAGCCCACUCAAGCAAAGCUUGGCGGCUCCCAUGAAUCCAGCACCAGGAGCUGGAGUCCAUAGACCAGGCAGCCUUCACCCACGUCGAUAA